GAGAGAGAGAGAGAGAGUAUCCUGGGCUGUAAACGCCUCCUCCAAACACAGCUGCUGCAAACCCCAGGAAUUAGCCUUCUGAGAAAGGGAGAGAGAGAGCGCUUUUACGCACGCAUCUCUGCGCCCCGCCGACCUCUCGCUUUGGGUGGAAGAGGGAAAAAUAUCCGACGCAGGGACGGUGCGCGUGUAUUGCGGAAGGAGAUUCGGUGCGCUCUCCCCGCCAACCCCCGCCGACAAGCUCUCCUCGCCACGGCGCUUCAGAGCUCGCCUUCUCGUUGCAAUCGGAUCUGCCUCCUCCCCGCCUCUCGUCGGCGCGCAAAGCCCGCCUCCUGGGGGAAGGAGGGAGGGGAGCGAGCGAGCGAGCGAAAAGUGUGGAGAGGUGGGAUCGUCCGAGGCACAAAUCGGAGAGAGAGAGAGGAAGAAGAAGCUACAGACCGAGGAGAAAAAGGAGCUUCCACGCCGCUUUGGGGACAUGUGUGCGCUGGAGGUGCAGUGAUCGCUGGGAUUUCCCCUUUUUUCCCUUUCCGUUUGAACAAGGAACUUUGCAAGCAAGGGGACACCCACCGUUCCUGCGAUCGUGGUCGGAGGAGAUGGAGGAAAGAGCGCCUGUCGCCAAGAGACCCCUUGCAAGGACUUAAAAAGAAACGGCAAGCCCCCGCAACUUAAGCUUUCUCUCCUUGGUGCAGUAAGUUUGGUUGCGGAGGGGGUGGGGAGGGCUGAAACGCCGAGAGGGUCCUUCUCUCCCGGGUCUUUCCUUCUCCCCGGCGCCACCACCCCUUUUGCCCUGUGGAGUUCGGAAACUGACCAGGAUGGACUUUGGCCGGAAGACCUCCGCUGUUCGGAUGCGAAGCUCUUAACCGGAGUUGAAAGGCGCUAUUUCGCUUUCUUUUGGGGUGGGAGGGUGAGAAGGGGCUGCUAUGCUGCUGCCCCACGUCGAGUGGAUCGGGCCUGUCCCCUUCUGGGGGGCCUCCUGGCGAAAGUUGGGAGCGACGGUGGCCGGGGAAGGGGCUUCGGAAGAGCUGGUUUGACACCAGCCGCUGCCGCCGCCAACAGAAGUAGCCUUCUUCCAGGCAUUUUCCGAGACGCGGGAGCCAGGAGCGCGGUGGGUCGUGGCGCAGCGUCGGCCAGCAUGGGCGCAGCGCGGAGGAACUCCCGUCGGACUCUGGGCAUUAUCUUGCACCUGGUCUGCUCCUGCUACGGCAUCAGCUCCAUCGACAUCGACCGGGCCGGGGACGGGAGGUGCCAGGCCAUCGAGAUCCCCAUGUGCAAGGACAUCGGCUACAACAUGACUCGGAUGCCCAACCUGAUGGGGCACGAGGACCAGCGCGAAGCAGCCAUUCAGCUCCACGAGUUUGCCCCCCUAGUGGAGUACGGCUGCCACGGGCACCUCAAGUUCUUCCUCUGCUCCCUCUACGCCCCCAUGUGCACGGAACAGGUCUCCACGCCCAUCCCCGCUUGCCGGGUGAUGUGUGAACAGGCCCGCUUCAAGUGCUCGCCCAUCAUGGAACAGUUCACCUUCAAGUGGCCCGACUCCCUGGACUGCAGCAAGCUGCCCAACAAGAACGACCCCAACUACCUAUGCAUGGAAGCACCCAACAACGGCUCCGAGGAGCCCCCCAGGGGCUCCAGCAUCCUGCCCCCCAUGUUCCGGCCCCAGAGGCCCCAGAGCGCCAGCCACGACCUGCAGCAGCAGCACAAGGACGGCCUGGGGAGGGCCACUUGCGAGAACCCCGGCAAGUUCCACCACGUGGAGAAGAGCGCUUCCUGUGCCCCGCUCUGCACCGCCGGGGUCGACGUCUACUGGAGCCGCCAUGACAAGCAGUUUGCCGUCAUCUGGAUCGCUGUCUGGUCCAUCCUCUGCUUCUUCUCCAGCGCUUUCACCGUCCUCACCUUCUUGAUAGACCCCCAGCGCUUCAAGUAUCCCGAAAGGCCCAUCAUCUUCUUGUCCAUGUGCUACUGCGUCUACUCGGUGGGGUACAUCAUCCGCCUCUUCUCUGGUGCCGAGAGCAUUGCCUGCGACCGCGACAGUGGGCAGCUCUACGUCAUCCAGGAGGGCUUGGAGAGCACAGGGUGCACUCUUGUCUUCCUUGUGCUCUAUUACUUUGGCAUGGCCAGCUCCUUGUGGUGGGUGAUCUUGACAUUGACUUGGUUCCUGGCUGCUGGGAAGAAAUGGGGCCACGAGGCCAUUGAAGCCAACAGUAGCUACUUCCACUUGGCGGCCUGGGCCAUCCCGGCCGUGAAGACUAUCAUGAUCUUGGUGAUGCGGAGGGUGGCUGGGGAUGAGCUGACAGGCUUAUGCUACGUGGGGAGCAUGGAUGUGAAUGCCUUGACCGGAUUUGUGCUGGUCCCUCUGGCUUGCUACCUAAUCAUAGGCACUUCCUUCAUCCUCUCUGGCUUUGUAGCUCUGUUCCACAUCAGGAGGGUGAUGAAAACUGGUGGGGAAAACACGGACAAGCUGGAGAAACUCAUGGUCAGGAUCGGGGUCUUCUCGGUCUUGUAUACAGUGCCAGCUACUUGUGUCAUUGCUUGCUAUUUUUAUGAGAGGCUGAACAUGGAUUACUGGAAGGUCUUGGCCAUGCAACAGAAGUGCAAGGUGAACAACCAGACCAAACACCUGGACUGCUCGAUGAGCCACUCUAUCCCAGUGGUGGAGAUUUUCAUGGUCAAAGUCUUCAUGUUGCUGGUUGUGGGGAUUACCAGCGGCAUGUGGAUCUGGACCUCCAAGACCUUCCAGUCCUGGCAAAGCGUUUGCAGCCGGAGGCUAAAGAAGAGGACUCGGAGAAAACCAGCCAGCGUGAUUGCAAGUAGCGGACUUUACAAGAAGCCCCAGCACUUGCCCAAAGCCCACCAUGCAAAAUACGAGUCGGCUUUGCAACCCCCGACCUGUGUGUGAGCAGAAUGUAUAAUAAUGGUAGUAAUAAUAAUAAUAAUUUAAAAAAGAACAGCCAUGGAGUGACCCUAUUUUGAAAGACUCACAUGCACUCACAAUAGUGCUUGGAACUAAAGAUUAACAAUAAUAAUGAAUAAAAAAAUUCUUUUUAACAGUGCUAUUGUCAGAUAGACAAAAUAGCCAGUGAAGGGGUAAAACUGAAAUGUUUAAAGUCAAGAUAUGGAGUAUAAAACAAGGGUGAACA